AUGCCACCUCCAGAGAAACUUGUGUCGUCAGUUUCUCUGACGUGCACUGCCUACUUUCUGGGAAUUGCCACAGAUGCAGGUCACAAAUGUCCAGUAGACAACGAAAUUCUGCUCGAAAAUCAGCUGUUUCCUGACAACUUUGCCAAGCGGGAAAUCCUUUCGCUGACGGUGAAGUGUCCCAACAAGGGCUGCGGUCUGAAGAUGGAGCUCAGGCAUUUAGAGGACCACCAGCUGCAGUGUGAUUUUUCCACCGUGGAAUGCCCGCAGUGCCAAGGAACCUUCCAGAAGAACCAUCUGAAGGAGCACGUGACACAGGAGUGUCCGAGGCGUCACGUCUGCUGUCCAAACUGUGCCACAUCGAUGGCCUAUGAAGAUAAAGAGCUUCAUGACCAAACCUGCCCACUCGCCAAUGUGUUUUGUGAAUACUGCAACACGGUGCUCAUCAGAGAGCAGAUGCCCAACCAUUAUGCCAAUGACUGUCCUACUGCCCCAGUGCCGUGUUUUUACAGUGCCUUUGGCUGUCCUGAAAAGAUGCAGAGGAAUGAACUGGCACGACACAUGCAGGAGUUCACUCAGGUUCACAUGAGAAUGAUGGCUCAGAGUUUUCAGAACAUCAGUGUUACGGCUACAAAUCCCGUGCCCUUCAUCAACGGCCUGCCCUUUGAGCCUGCCCUCUUCUCACACGUGUCGCACGCUGCCUACGAUUGUAACCCAGAAGUGGAGAACUUCAAGGAGACCAUUCAGCAGCUGGAAGGUCGUCUGGUAAGACAAGAUCACCAGAUCAGGGAACUCAUCGCUAAGAUGGAGACUCAGAACACUCACAUGGCAGAGCUCAAACGCACCAUCCGGAAUCUGGAGGGAAAGAUCACUGAAAUGGAGGCACAGCAGUGCAAUGGCAUCUACAUCUGGAAGAUCGAGAACUUCAGUGGCCUUCAGAAAGCCCAGGAGGAAGAGAGACCUGUUGUGAUGCACAGCCCUGGCUUCUACACCGGCAAGCCUGGCUACAAGCUGUGUUUGCGCCUGCACAUCCAGCUCCCAAACGCUCAGCGCUGUGCUAAUUUUAUAUCCCUGUUUGUCCACACUAUGCAGGGGGAGUACGACAGCCACCUGCCCUGGCCUUUCCAGGGCACCAUACGACUUUCCAUUCUGGAUCAGUCGGAAGGCCCCGAGAGGCAGAAUCACGAAGAGGUGAUGGAAGCCAAGCCGGAGUUACUCGCCUUCCAGCGACCAACGAUUCACCGCAAUCCUAAAGGUUUCGGGUACGUGACUUUCAUGCACCUGCAGACCUUGAAACAAAGAACCUUCGUCAAGGACGAUACCCUCCUGGUGCGCUGCGAGGUUCUGACGCGCCUGGAUCUAAACAGUCUCCGCAGAGAAGGGUUCCAGGCUCGCAGUACGGAUGGAGCCGUGUAGCCUGCACGUCUUAACCAGAGGAGCGGAGCCGCUGCUCGUGUUCUGCCACC